AUGCACCUUCUCGGAGCGUUGGGGUACGAGUGUUGAAAGAAAGCACUUACACUUACAGUAUAUCUGCUUUAGGGGACAGGCAGGCAGUCAAGAACGGUUUCAUACGGAAGUACGAGAAUGAAAGUAUUGGACAGCUGGAAUGUGUUUUUGUGCGGUGAAGGGGGAAGAAAGAGGCACCGAGUCGAACCUGGAGCUGGAACAGACCAGGAGACGUUGAGUAGCAGGAAUAUGAUUCAUUGUUUUGGCAAUUAGAAUUAUUUACUACGUCUGAAUAUAUUAAAAAUUAAAUAAAGAAAAUUCAGAGGGAUUUCAUCACAUAGUCUGUGAUUUAACUGUUCGCUUACAGGACGCUGAAAUCGAUCCGCGUCCUGGCAACGAGCCUGAACCUACAGCACACCGAGUCAGCUGACCGCAGCAGCAAACCCGAGCAUGAAUCACACGUUGUCUGGGGCCCGGACAAGGCCCGAGGGCAGGGCUCAGAUAUGCAUGGAGGGGGCAGAAGGAGAGGGUUAAAGACGGAGCGUGAGGACGGCUUUGAGAAAGCCUCCAGGGUUAAGAGAGCGAGAUCGACAAAGAAAAAAGAGAGAGAGAGAGAGAGAGAAGUCUGUAGACGGGUUCUCCAGCCAACUGGGAGACCCAGCACAAGGGGAAGCUUGUUCCUCGCCUGCCUGUCCGUUCUCGGGGCUUGUAGCAAGAGGACACGGGCUCUCUUGGAUGAAAGAAAAAUAGAGCUGAAUACCAGAGGAUAA